AUGCUUGCUUUGGCUCUGCUCCUCCUCCUCGCCCUUAUCUCGCCAAGCGCUGCAGCUGACUGUAGCGGCCAGCGUGUCCUGAUUGCAAAUUCCACGUCUGGCACGUUCACACCCAGCGACAGCGGAUACCCAGCAUUCACAACAUGCCAGUGGCUCAUUGAGGCGCCAGCACUGGCCAACGGCGGCACGCCGCUGCCCAUCUUGCUCGAAUUCUUGACGUUCGACACGGAAUGCGCGUAUGACUUUGUCGACGUUUACGAUGGAGUCAACAGUACGUCGCCCAAACUCGGCGCAUUAAACGGGCAGAUUGCGGUUGCACCCUUGGUCGCACGGUCGGGGCACAUGCUUGUUGUGCUCAUUUCAGACAUUAACUACGUGACGGCGGGCUUUACUGCUCGCUACUCGAUCAACCCAUGUCCUGCAAACUGCAGCGACCGCGGCAUCUGCCAGGCCAACGGGCACUGCGCAUGCAAUCCCGGCUUUGCCGACCAAGGCUGCCAAACCGAGCUCUGCCCCAACAAUUGCGCCGCUGCGCUCGGGCAAGGGCAGUGCGACCUGGCAACUGUCCACGGCUGUGUGUGUAACGCAGGGUAUGGCGGACUGGACUGCUCUCAGCCAGUGGAUGACCUCAACGACGGGUGGACACUGCUGGUCGGUGGCGCCUCGUCGGGCAACACUGGAACAGAGCGCGGCUUCCACACUACCGUGUACUCUCCACUCAACCACACGAUUUUCGUCUAUGGCGGUUACUCUCAGGAAGACCAGCUGCUCGGCAAUGUCGUUGCGUACAACUUGGUCACACGCGCGCGGCCGCGAGAACUCACUUUUACCGCCCACGUUCCGUCGCCGCGCUAUUCUCACUCGGCCAUCCUCACGCCCGACAACCUGAUGGUUGUUUACGGCGGCAUUACGCUCGACCAGCACAUCUCGGACGAAGUGUGGGUGCUCAGUCUCAAUCGCAGCGUGUGGGAGCAGCGCAUUCCUGCCGUGGGAGGGAUUUCCCCGCCGCCACUGACGGGACACAGCGCCACCUACAUUCCAUCAAGCAACUCUAUGGUUGUCAUUGGUGGCAAAACCACGUUUGAUCCCUUUCCAACGUCCAUUUACGAGUACUCGAUCGCUGCCAACCGGUGGUACCAACGCACACCGCGAGGAUUCAUUGCCGCCGGUGUGUACGGCCACUCGUCCGUCUACGUCGAGCAUCUGCACAGCAUUUUCGUGUACGGCGGCAUCCGUCCGCUCUCCUCGUCGUAUUCCUACCGCCUAAACACGCUGUAUGUGCUUCAAGUCGACCACAUGCGAUGGAUUCAGCUCCUGCCGUCCAACCCCAUCCGCGCCAGUGCAUUCCACGGCGCUUGGUUGGGAAGGUCUGAACGUAGCAUGUACAUCCAGGGUGGCUACGUCAUGUCGCACAAUGAAAACGACAACCGAUGCUUCACCAACGACCUCUUUGCUUUUGACUUUGACUCGAACCGCUUCCGCACGGUCGAAGACAACUCGGACGCGCCCACGCGAUACCUUCCAGGCCGACGCAUGGGUCAGGGUGUUGUGACGGUUCGUGACUCCGUGUCGCCCGCCUUGGCUGCCGUUGACGCAGUCCUCGUCGGUGGGUUUGACGGCCAGGCUCUCUCGGAUGCUGUCGCUUACCAUGAAGAAACAAACCCCUGCCUCUCUGCCAUGCAGCAAGCGUUGGCCUCCGGGGUCUCUGGAGACGUCGGCUCUGGCGCUGUCAUGCAGCAAUGCCAGAGCAAUCCUUCCUGCGUUGCAUGCUCCACGACUUUGGCAUCCGGCUUUGUUCUUCCCAACAUUACUGCUCAAGAUGUCGUUCUUUCGAGCUUGCUCAACUCCAGCCAAGUCACGACCGCCUGCAUCCAGCUGACGGACAUUGCGAGGUACAAUUGCUCGAUGGCGCUGCCGACCACCCUCACCCAAGGCCACGCCUCGCAAUCGUUCUGCGAGGCCCUGCGUUUCUGCAGCGACUGCACCGUCUUUUCAGACUGCGGUUGGUGCGCAACGACCGCAACGUGCGUGAACGCCUCGUCCGUUCUCGGCUGUCCCGCGUCCCUGUCUGGUCAGGCACCCGCCCCGAUUGUUGUCGGCCUUGCGGCCUGUGUCUCUUCGUCUGUGACGAACGGAUCUGUCGCCCAAGAGCGGUGGUACAAUGUCGGAGGCAGUUCGGUUCAGGACAUGUCGGUGUUGAGCACCUACCCCGACUACCCAGACAUUGUCACCGUCCGAAGCGUAGAACUUGCUGCGGAUAUGAACGGCGACGCAUUCACGCAGGGCACGCGCGUCCGUGGCUUUCUUGUUCCGCCGGAAACGGGCAAUUUCACAUUUUUCAUUGCCAGCUCCAUGUCUUCUGUGCUUGGCUUGAGCACGGCUGCCGACUCGAACGACAUGUCGCUCGUUGUGAACAUUGCCAGUGUCAACUACUUUAGCCCAUUUCGCGAUUACACGGCUCAACCCAGUCAGCAAUCGGCGCCAGUUUUCCUCGCUGCCAACCGACGAUACCUCUUCACCAUCAUCAACAAGCAAAGCGGAGAGUGGGGCAAUCACUUUUCGGUUGCUUGGUUGCUGCCGUCACAAAACGCGUUCGGAAACGCCACGUCGGCCGAAGCGUCGGUUGUUUCUGCGCAAUUCCUCGUGCCAUACUACUCGUCCACCUCGAACAGUACCGCAACGCGUGCCAACAUGACGCUCGCGCUUGCUGGAGCGGUCAGCUGCAGCACGCACCCCAGCUGCAAAGGCUGCAUUGCCGACGCCUCGUGUGCGUGGUGCAAGUCCACUGGUAGGUGCGCAGAGCGAAUGACUGGACUCCAAAUGACCGCCUCCAACACGACGUCCGUGUGCCCACAAGACGCCCUGGAAGUGGACGACCAAUCUUGUCCGCUGUGUGGCAACUAUUUCACUUGCCGUGGCUGUGUUUCGUCGAGCACCAGCUGCCAGUGGGCGUAUGGAAGCUGCUACCCCUCGCAGUACGGAAUUGACAGCUCGGCCACCGUCACCGCCCCUGCCUUCUGCCCCACGCCUUGUCGUAACUUUACAUCCUGCGCCACUUGUGUCGGAAAUGGCAAUCCGGCAGCGUGCAACUGGUGCCCGGCGACCCAAACGUGCGACGAAAUUUCGAGCUUUGUUGCCGUGUUCACCGCUGGCCAGUGUGGCACGGGCUACGCCACCGACACGAGCAUGUGCGUGGAUUGUAGUAGGUUUGGCGAUUGUCGCAGCUGUCUGGCCCAGGACACCUGCGGCUGGUGCUCAAACACAACCAACGGCCUUGGCGGCGUGUGCAUGGGUGGAACACUGUCGGGUGCCACGGCCGAAUGCGCCGCCAAUCCAUCACGCCAAUGGUCUUGGUUUACCUGCCCAGACAUUAACGAGUGCGCGCUGGGAUUGAGCAACUGCGCCAGCAACGCGACCUGCCAGAACACCCCGGACUCGUUCACAUGCACGUGCAACCCCGGUUUUCUGGGCGACGGCGUCUCCUGUGCGCCAGAUUGCUCUGCCGUCCCGUCCUCCAACAGCUCCGACCCAACACUCCGCCCCUCCUGUGGCGACAUGGGAGUGUGUGUUGCACCAAACACGUGUGAAUGUGAUCCAGUGUGGACUGGUACAGACUGCCGCACGAGCUGCAGCUGCAAUGGUGUCCUGAAUUGCACGGCGGCACUCAAUUGCGUCGAUAUUGACGAGUGUGCCCAAGGGCUGGACGAUUGCGAUGUUCACGCCGACUGCGUCAAUGUCCCUUCCACGUUUGAGUGCGUCUGCAAGGCCGGAUACGCUGGGAACGGCACCUUUUGCGAGCCCGUCUGCCCUGGCGGCUGCAACGGCGGUGUCUGUAGCUCCCCGUCGAAUUGCACCAACUGUCCGUUCGGGUACACUGGUGCCUCGUGUCAAGUCGCCUGUCAGUGCAACGGACACAGCGACUGUCUCCCCGACGCGCCAAAUGUUUGCUUGUCGUGCCAAAACCGCACCACAGGUCCAUCCUGCAACCAGUGCAUCCCAGGCUCGUACGGCACUCCCACUCAGCCGGCGGGAUGUCAGGCCUGCGCAUGCAACGGGCAUGCAAACACUGUCAUUGGCGAAUGCAACAAUGUGACUGGUGUUUGCUUCUGUCUGCCUCCGUACGAGGGUCCAUCCUGCACAGCCUGCGCUUCCGGAUUUUACUACUCGGCAACCAACAAGUUGUGUCUGGCGGCGUGCAGCGGUCGCAAAACGUUGCGCUUCGACCAGGGUGCGAUCGGUACGAACGGCGUGUACCCGCCAGAUUCCGUCUGCAGCUGGCUCAUUGUGGCGGAGCCUUCGGCUGUGUCCAAUGCAUCCUAUUUUGUUGCUUCGCGGCCCGAGCGAGCCAGGUUUGAUGAUGGUGAUGAUGAUGAUGAUGAUGGCAUGGAUACAGCUACGGCCUCCACGACUUUGCGGUCUACAAACAUCAACAAACAACAAAGUCAGUCAGUGAAGGCGUUUGUGGAGCGCGCGCCCUUCCUUGACAGCGAUCACGGGCGCGAGAUUGCGCGCCGCAUUCUCGGGUCGGACUCUGAAGCAGCAGAAAUCGUCUCUGAACAAUCCCUCACGCCGCUGGCCAUCACACUCGACUUUUACUCGUUUGGCAGCGAGUGUCUGUUUGACUACUUGUUUGUGUUUGAUGGAUCCUCGACAAGUGCUCCGCUCCUUGGCUCCUUUUCGGGCCUGGCAGUGAUUCCCCCAAUCAUUGUCGCCCGCUCUGGCACAAUGCUGGUUGUCAUGUACAGCGACAUUAACUACACUGUCGGUGGCUUCGAGGCCAAUGUGAACGUGUCGAGCGCAAGCCCCGCGCUGACUUGGAGCACGCUCAGCCAAGACCAGGCAGUGAUUGUCGGCCCUGCAACCAACGCUGCGCAAGCGAGCAUCAUUCUGCCGACUGAUUUUCCGCCCCGUGCCGGUCACACUGCCCAGUACGAUGCCUCUCGCAACUCGGUCUUUGUUUUCGGCGGCUAUGGCCAGCGCGACACGGUUCUCAACGACUUGUGGCAGUUUGACGUGCGCUCGCGACGGUGGACUUUAGUCCAACCCGCAGACGCGUCGGCCGCCGUGCCGCGCGGCCGGCACUCUCACGCCAUGGUGCUUUCGCCCGAACGUGACUCGCUAAUUGUGGUUGGUGGCUGGGCUUACGAGCCCUUCCAGCCAGUAGGCGAUAUCUGGGAGUUUCAUCUCGGGACGCGCACCUGGAACCUGCUCCACGCUGGGUCGUUGGCCACCGAUCUGCCGGUCGCCACGCUGCUUCCUGCCAUUUCGGGCCACAGCGCCACCCUUGUCGACAGCACCAUUUACAUUCUCGGAGGCCGCACAGCGCAGACCAACUUUAACACGCGUGUCUUUGCCUUCAGCUUUGCGCUGGGUGCUGUUCGCGUCGUCAAUACUGUGGGUGUCAACGCGCUUGGCAUGUACGGUCACACCGCCGUGUAUUCUCCUGGAACAGACGAGAUUAUCGUGUUUGGAGGCAUCCAGCUGCUCGACAACAAUCUCAUCUACACGUCCAACUCGGCACGGCUCUACUCGUUUGUUGUUGGCAAGAAGGCCUGGCGCUCUUUGCCCGACCGCGUCUCUCCCGACGGCCUGAACGUCCUGCCCAGCGCCAACCAUGCGGCCGUGUUUGUACCCACCGGCUCGUACAUGAUUGUCGUCGGCGGCAGUUCCUUCAUCCACGGUUGGCUCGAGAUGUGCAUGACGGCCACCGUAAGCAUGUUCGCGCCGUCGUGUCGUGUCUGGGCGCUGCCAAACGUGCCACUGUCCAGUCCCGUGACCGUUGCCAACUCAAUGUCAAACCGUCUGGGCCACGCACUGGUGUUUGUGCCCGCCAACUUUGACGGGGACGCUGACAUUGCAGCACGCGUCCUUUUGAUUGGCGGGUUUGACGGCCGCGUCCGCGCAGACGUGCACUCCUUGUCGGUACCUGCCUCGCUGUGUAGUCUGUACUCGAUGGGUCGAUGCUUGUCGGACGCAUCGUGCACUUGGUGCGCCACUCCCCUGUCUGCCAACUACUCUGGACCCCUGUGUCUCCCAAGCAGCAGCAACACGGCCAGCAUCUGCAACCAAACGACGUCCAACAAUGGCGAUUGCUCCAUCGAUUGCUCGUCAGCCUCGAUCUCGUGUGAGGCCUGCUCGUCGCUGCGAUCCGGUUGCUCCUGGUGCACUGGCACGCGACAAUGCCAGGCCGCGAAUGCCACGUGCACCUCGGGCCAGUCCAUCCCUUAUAAUGGCAUUUGCCCCCUGUAUCCGUGUGCCGCCAAGCAAAGCUGCCGUGAGUGCACCGUUUCUGGCCAGUGCAGCUGGACUGGCUCCGCUUGCACCACCGCGUCGCCUCCCAACGCCAUUACCAACAUUGCCAAUUGCCGUGCACCGUGCAGUAGCAACACGAACUGCUCCACGUGUCUUCUUGCAGACAAUACCGGCAACAUUCCCUGUCUGUGGUGUGAAUCGACCUCCACCUGUCUGGACUUUAAUGCAUACACGGGCGUGUUUGACUUUGGCCAGUGUUUCGAGUGGAGUCAGGUCCCCGACCGGUGCGCGCCAGACUGCAGCGUCUUCCAAACGUGCGAUCAGUGCCAAAGCAACCUCCGGUGCGGGUGGUGUGCCGAUCCUGGCGCCCUCGGCACUGGCCGCUGCCUGAACGGAAACAGCGAGGGUCCAGAUCCCGGGCUCAAUUGCACGGUGCCCAGUCCCGCCUACAUUGGCAACAGCACCGCCCCUCCGACUUGGAAUUAUGCCACGUGUCCGGACGUUGAUGAGUGUCUCACCGGCCAAGCCAACUGCCCCGUCAACUCUACCGUCUGCGUCAACACGCCCGAUUCGUACGAGUGCCAGUGCCUGCCUGGCUACCAGCCGAGCGGCAGCACGUGCAUCGCCUAUUGUGCCCAGCAGUGCGUUUUCGGCGUGUGCGUGCAGCCCAACGUUUGCAAGUGCAACCGGGGUUACAUUGGUCUCAACUGCUCCAUGGAUUGUGGCUGCAACGGCCACAGCACGUGUCAGACAUACGGCGUCUGCGAGCGUUGCAUGGACAACACGGCCGGUUUGCGAUGCGAGGUUUGCAGCGAUGGCUACUACGGCAACCCGGUCAACGGACAGUCGUGCUCCUCGUGCUACUCUCAUUGCAACCAGCACACGACGUCGUGCAACCCCGCCACGGGCAUUUGCUCUGGUUGCAACAACUCAACCACGGGUGAUCUGUGUCAGAUUUGCCUGCCAGGAUUCACCCGACUUGGCCAGAACCCGGUCAUUUGUGGACCGUGCAUUUGCAAUGGCCACUCGUCGACGUGCGACGCCAUCACUGGCGUGUGCAACUGCCAAGAUAACACGCGAGGAACUCAGUGCGAGCAAUGUGCACGAGGCUACAUGGGCCUGCCCACGAAUGGCAACCAGUGCUUCCUGGUGUUGGGUGAGGGCGAGCUGCAGGGUCCCGACCAAGUCGGUCGCGGCGAGGCGCUCUAUUAUGCAAUCUCGCCAAAGUACACGAACGUGGACAUUCGCCUGACCGUGGACGUGUUUGAUGGAUUGGUGACCACCUACCUGUCGCCGCGCUCGGACAAGGCGGUGAAGGCCGACACUGAAGUGCAGACCGGUCUCUCGCGCCGAACGGAUCUGGUCAUCUCGUACCUCGAUCACGACUUUUUGUCGUCCCACUUUUACUUGCAGGUGCACGGCACCUCCAAUGCCACUUUUAUGGUGUACUUUGCGCAGCGUGUGACCCAGAUCGACCUGUUUGUCUUCUUCUCCGUGUUCUUCUCCUGCUUCUUCCUGUUGCUCUCCGUCAUGUUCCUUGUGUGGAGGGCCCGCAUGUCUCGCGCGCGGCGUCUGGCUAUCGCGCGUCGGCAAACCGAGCUGCGUCAGAUGGCAUCUCGCCCAAUGUCGUCCGUCCGGGUUAUCAUGUCUCAAGCCAUGGGUAACUAUCGCAAACUGGCGCUCGCGCCCAUUGCCUACCAACCACUGGUCAAUGGCCAGGCUACAACGAUGACGGUUCUGGUCGAGCUUCCCGGUCCCGGCAGCAACGCCCAGGCAGGCACGACUUCGUCGCCCGUCCCAGUGGCCGGCAAGCCAGCCAAUCCUGUCGCCAGGAACGUGGCUGCCGUGGCGGCUCUGGCACCCAUGGCUGCUUCUUGGGAGCGAAAGCCGCCAUUGGUCAUUGCUUCAAACAAGUCCAUCGAGUUUGAGCUGCUUGAGACCUCGUUUGGUGGCGAUGAGGCAGAGCCAGGCGAGCCAGGCGAUGUUGCGUUGACCGAACUCGCCGGCGCUGAAGGUCGAGCCAGCUCUUCGUCGUCAUCGUCGUCGUCGUCGUCGCCGUUGUCGAGCACUGGCCACGAUGAAGAUGCUGUGGCUAGUGGCAAUGCUGACGCUGCUUCUUCUGUUGAUCAGAAAGAGCCCGUCGCUCCUGCACAACAGAGUUCAGCUGAGCCUGACGCCGUCGAGAACGACCAAGCCUCGCCCCGUCCUUCUGCCGAAGAGGGCACUGCCGCUGUCGCUGGUGAGCCUGGACAACCUUCGCCCUCCGAUGCGCCUGGAGCUCCCGAGCAGGCCAAUCUUUCCGAUGCGAUUCCUGCGGGUGAGGGUGUGCAAGCAGCGACGGAUGCCGCCGUUGAGCCUGUGGUGAACACUGCGGCAAAAGAAGCACCCUCUCGAUCCGCAGCGCCAGCCACCGCAACAGCCGCAACAGUUGCUCGACCUCAGUCAUCUUUACCUGGACUGCGCACCGUUGCGUUUGCUACGUCCAUCAUUGCCCUCGAUCGUCGCACCUACGAAGUGCUCACUGUGCCCUUGACGCAGGACGACACGGCUUUGAAAGAACCCCGCCGUCCCGGCCAUUUCUUGACGAGCCUGCUCCGACAACGCCGUCGUAAUCAGCAGCCCUAG